CGCGAGCCGCCCGAACAGUGUGCACAGCAGUCGUGGGGAUAGCAUCGAAUCGAAAGGGGCCGCAAAAAAAAAGCCCGAGUGCGAAGAAGCCAAGCACGCGAAAGAUAGCCAAAAAGUUCACCACAAGUGCCUUCAAGUGUAGUGCUGUGCCGUGUUGUGUGUGUGAGUGUGUGCGGGCGGACGUUCAUGAAAAAAUCCAGGACGAUGUCGGUGCUGCCGAACAAUAUUAUCGAUGCCAUAAAGGACUAUGUGGGGGCUAGGGGGAUGAAGGAACCCAAGUUCGACAUCUCCAGUGGAUCCCGCAACGGAGAUAGCUACUCGGGCGAUGUGUAUCGAAUCGUGAUUUCGCCGAACGAAAAGGACGUCGAGGAUUGCCGAAACAAUAACGGCGAGGGCGCUAUCACCGACCUGCCGAAGGUGGUGAGCCUCAUCGCAAAAGUGGCACCGAAAAGUCCGCUCCGGAGGAGCCUCUACAACAGCUCGGCACACUUCCAGCGCGAGAAAUAUAUCCUCGACAUCGUCCUGCCAACUUUCGAAAAGUUCCAGGAAACCAGAGGGCUUCAAACAUCGCAGAUGUUCAGCCACUAUCCGACGGCGAUCGCAUCCGAUUGCAGCGAAGGCCAGGAGUACAUUCUGCUGGCGGACUUGUCCGCGCAAGGCUUCAAAAACUUCCAGCGAACGGAACCGCUAGACUACGAAGACGUGCGGACAAUCCUUAACAAUCUGGCGGAGUUCCAUGCGGUUUCGUUUGCCAUGAAGGACCAGAAGCCGGAGAUAUUCAGCAAAAUCAUAAGCCAACUGGCCGAGACCAUAUUCGUGGCCCCGUUACACAGCUCCUUCGAGGGUUUCCUGAAGCGACAGGUCGACUACGCGAUCAAGACGCUAGAGCACAAUCCGGCCGAAGGGGACGAAGUGGUCCGCAAGCGGUUGUUUCAGUUCCGCGAUGAGUACGGUCCGUCGAUGGUGGACUGCGUGGAGAAUCGAGAGGAUGUGGUGAUUUGCCACGGUGAUUGCUGGAUUAGUAACAUUCUGUAUCGGCACAAGUUUCCUCUCUUUCCACAGAACAAACUCCUCGCAAAGGAGCUCAAAUUCCUCGAUUGGCAAGUAUCUCGCUGCGCCACGCCUGUCAUCGAUUUGUCGUAUUUCAUCUUCUGCUGCACCGACACGACACUGCGUAAACGACUGCCGGAGCUGCUGCGAGAGUACCACCAAACACUGCUCAGGCGAAUCGAUGAGCUCGGCAGCGAUGGCCGAAAGCUGUUUCCCUUCGACAAACUCCAGGUGCACCUGGCAAAGUUUGCCCGAUUCGGAUUCGGAAUGGCGCUGAUGACCCUGCACACCACUUGCUGCGUGGAGAAAGAUCUACCGGACAUCUCCAGUGCACUAGAAAACUCUGAACUGGUAGAUCUGGACAAGUACGCAAAGGAUUUGCUGCGCAACCCUGCCUACAUCGAGCGCAUGACCGGCGUCUGCCGGGACAUGGUGAGGUUGGGUUAUCUCUGAGAGGGAUACAUAAAUUGGUGUGCUCCAAACGCACACAGCACAACAAAGAAAAGUGUUCUCGGUGGAAAAAACUAAAAAGGUUUCAAACUACUCGUAUUUCAGAAAUUAGCGUAGAAUGUCCGUGGAGUGGAGCAGAGCAGGAUCACGUGUGAGAGUACUUAGUCAGUAUUGGUUGAUUGUGCGGGGGAGUCUUUCACAGCUCACCUGUGGAAUGGAGAACUCUCACAAUCAAAGCACCGAACGCAGGGAUUCUAGUACCUAAGGAAACAGUUUUACGUGUUGAUUUUUUUUUUACAAUUGGAACAUUACGAAUCGUAAUCGGCAUUAUAUUCAUCACAUUCUAGUGAUUCGGCUGUACAAUUUACGAGCGAUGAGUGUAAAUAAUUUUCGAACUUUCAUUCAGAACCACAGUUUUACUCAACUCGAUCGGAAUCUAAUAUUGAAGAAUGUUAUAGUUUUUAAGCGUUACCACAAACAGCAAAUAAUUACCAAACUUUUUUUAACUCUGGCGCGCACCGCAAAUGGCCGCUUGUGAAUCUGCUCUAAAUGAGAGCAUCUAAAAUAAAAAUAAGGGUUUAGUGA